AUGGUUUCACCUUUAUCAAUAAGUUUUGAAUACCCUAUAAAAUCAGAAAAACUUACAGUAAUUUUAUCAUCAAGAGUAGAAAAACCAGUUUUAUUAUCAAAUUUAAAUAUUCCUUUAAAAACACCUUUUUCUAUUAAACCAGAUACCUCGUCCUCAAAUUUUUUAGAUUUUAGUUUAUAUAUUAAUAAUGAUUUAAGCAAUACACCAAGCAAUCCCUUUAUAAUAAAUCAAGCAGAAUUUGUAACAAGAAAUAUUCCAUCAAUGGCAAAUAUUGAUUCACGUGGUCGUCCCUUAACUUAUCAUCUAUCAAAUGAUUUCGAUAUUAACUCUUUCGAUAAUUUAUCAACAUACGAUAAUAUUGAACAAUUAACUUUGAAAGGUGGUUCUAUUCCAUUCCCUUCAUCAUCAAUAUUAUUAAAUACACAAAAUGCAUUACCAUCAAUAUUAGAUAUACAAUAUGACGUUAUGGCACCAAAUAAUUUUAUUGACUUUUCUGGAAAAACAAAUAUAAAUUUUUUAUAUUUUACAGGUGUUUCUAAUUUUCAUAUUAAUGGAGAAUUUCCAUUUUCAAAGCUUCCAAAUGGCAUUAAUACAUUUUCAUUUAUUAGUUUAGGUUUAAAAAAGAUACCAGAUUUUAAAAUAUUUGAUAAUACCGAUAUUAUCAAACUUUCUUUUUCUUCAAGCUCAAUGAGUGGCAGUUUACCAAAAUGGGAGGGAUCAAAUAAUUUUAUAACAAACUUAGAAUUGAAUUUCAACUCUUUAACGGGAACUAUAGAUGAAUCAUACUGCUCUUUGAUUUUAAAUGUGGGAAACAAUCAAAUGAGUGGUAGAAUCCCAGAAUGUUUUACAUGUCACUUUAAUGACCUAAGUUUUCAAAAAAAUUUUGAAUCAAAUGAAUUUGAUAAUUAUAACUCAAUUGGAACUUGUAAAACUAUCCCAAAAUUAAAAUACUAUAACCAAACUUUUUGGAACGGUGUCUCAAAGGUAACAAUACCUGCAUUGUCGUUAAUGGGUCAAAAUAUAGGGUACAGUACUAGAAAUGUAGUAUCAAGUCCACAAAUUCAAUUUAAUGUUCUUGUAAAAGCCAAUUCAAAAAUAAAUUCUGUUUCUUAUAAACCAAAUAGAAUUAUCCACAAAAUAAAAUUUACAAGCACUGGUCAAGAAUUUACAUUAACUCCAGAUCCAUAUCCACCAUUAUUAUCAAAUAUAACAUCAAAUAAUCAUAUUUUAGUAUUCAAAGGUUUAUAUUAUUCAUACGAUAUCACUGAAAUAACAAUUACAAUUGGUGAUAAAUCUUGUGAUGUAACUGAUUCAACAUUUUAUCAAAUCACAUGUACUUUAACAACAUAUCCAAAUCAACUGAAUAAUGUAUCAGGCACACUCAAAGUAGAUCAAUUACAAACAACAUUCAAUUUAAAUUUAGAUAACAACGAUGGUAAUGAAGUAUUCAACAACUAUACAUCAUGUCCAGACAACUGCAACGGUUAUAUAUGCAACUAUAAUACUGGUAUUUGUGAAUGCCCAAAAGACUGGACCGGCGAAAACUGUUUUGCUCCAAAUCAUUAUGUAUCAUCAAUUACACCAACAUACGAAGAUGGUGGAUUAGUAACAAUGAAUGGAUGGUUCGGUGAUAUUCAUAAAGAUUUGAAUAUAACAAUCGGUAAUCAAGAAUGUAAAAUAGAUACAAUAUCAUCAAAUACAAUCACAUGCAACAUUGGAGCAGGUACAGGUAAAAAAGAUGUAAUCGUAAAUCAAAAUGGAAUCACAUGGAAAUCAUUCAACUUUUUUGUAUACCAAUCAAAACAACAAACAUGUUUAAACAACUGUAUCGAUAAUAACCAUGGUAUUUGUAAUACAUCAAAUGGUAUUUGCGAAUGUAAAUCAGGAUGGACUGGAUUCGAUUGUAGUUCACCUUCAAAUAACAACAACAAUAACAAUGGUAAUACCAACAGCACAGUUAAUCCAGAUGGCUCAACAACAAUUAAUAAUGAUCAAACAACAUACAAUAUAUUAAUCACAUCAUUAUUAGAACUCGAUAUCAACAGUGACACAGUUAAACAAUAUCCACUUCAAAACAAUUGGAAUGUUACAUCAAAUGAUAAAAACGGAUCAAAUGUAACAUUCAUACAAAUAUUAAACGAAACUGAAUGCCAAAUCGUAUUAUCAAUUCAAGAAAUAGAAAAUGAUAUUCAAUAUUCAUUUGCAGGUUUAGAAUUCAAAUUAGAUAAAGGAUCAAUUAAAGUAUCAGUGUCAAUUCACAAUUACAACUAUCAAAGUCCACUCAAUACAUUACAAUUACAAAUGAUAUCAAAUGUAUCAGAUACAACAUCGAAUGAUUGUAACAGUAAAUCAGCAUCAACAUCAACAUCAAUAUUAGACAAUCAAACAUUAAACUAUAUAUCGAUCAACAAAGACAACAAGAUUCUAUAUGGUAGAUUUAUAAACAGAGCAAUAUCAGAUGGACACACAACAUUAAUCACCACAUCAUUAAUAUCGAAUCAAAACGAAUCAGUAACCAUUGGUAUUAACAUUCCACAUUGCAGAACAUCAUGCUAUAUUGAUCCUGACUUUUCAGUAUUGAUUAAUUCCAAUUUAAAAUCAAACUGUGACGAAUCCAAAAACCAUACUACUCUGAUUGCAGUUCUUGCACAUGUUUUUCCAAUUUAA